AUGCUAGGACAUCAGCCCAAGAAUGGCCUGGAGAACAAAAUCCUGUACGGCGAGCUGCUUGCCCUGGUCUCCGCCAUGCGCAAUCGCGCAUUUCAGCUCAAUGUGGACACCGAAGAGGAGCAGGAAGCGCUGGAGGAUCUCGAAGAUGAGGCGCGACAGGCAUAUCCUUUUCUCUUUCCCGAUGAGGAUACGUUUCCCGUCCUCUACCUGUCGGCCGUGGGUCCGCGCCAUGCAAGGAUCUUCUACGGUGAAGAACUGAACAAGGGGCUGCCCAACUCUGCCCAGUGUACUUACUUCCUCCAAUGGCUCUUGGCCUUUGAUCCCCACCGUUCAGCUGGAUCACUGCAGAUGCGGCUGAGUUUGGACGUGGACUUGGCGAUCGGUGGGCUGUGGAGCCAGACGACCGCGAUCCUUGUCUAUAUUCACAUACCCCUCAAUCCUUACUUUCUUUCUUCACCCGGCUCCCUCCCAAACAACUACGACCCCCAUAAGAAUCAAAGAUGGUGGUGCUCCGCGACGACGACUUCCGCUCACAACGCGCAGAAAUGGGAACAAAACGUUGAGGUCGACGACUCUGGGAGGUACAAGGUCGCCUGCCUCAACGCCACGGCAUACCGGGCGUACGAGGGUCCCCUGAACGGGAUCCGUUUCUGGUUUGAGCAGGAGGAGUACUACGUGGUGGUCGGCUGCCCGCCCUGGAUCAGCACCAAGAUGGCCGCCGACGGCCGGUGGGCCAAGAACGUCUCCAAGUAUUGGGACCAGUGCUGGGAGGACACCGUGGAGCCGCGCUUCAUCUGUGAGGAGUGGGGGUUCACAAAGAACGAUACAAACAUGUACCACGUGAAGGGGUGGGGCUUUGGCGUCAUGGAAGGGCUACAUGAUCUCGAGCGCCGGUUGGGGAUCGUGCUGGCGCAGACCGACUACGAAAAUUAUGGGCGUCACCUCGUGAUGCGGAUCAAGGAGGGGCUGAAGGCCCUGGAUCCCACCUGGCAGAAAACGGAGGAUGAUUUCGAUGCCAAGUACAACCAGGACCAUGCCAAGGAUGUGGUGCAGCGGUCGGCGGGCGGGUGGGCCCAUCAUAGAGAUGGGACGACGUCGAUCAGCUACUUUUAG